GAGAGCUGCGGCUCCUCCCUGACCACGUGACGAGGGAAGUGACAGCGCCGGGGUCGGCCAGCCGCCCAAGAGUCCGGCACUCACUCGCCGGAGAUGCUGCGGAACGGAGCUGCCGGGGCCUCCUCCCCUUCUGGCAAUGGCGCCAACCGGCCUGUGCGCGUGUGGUGCGACGGAUGCUAUGAUAUGGUGCAUUAUGGGCACUCCAACCAGCUGCGGCAAGCUCGUGCGAUGGGUGAUUAUCUGAUCGUAGGAGUCCACACAGAUGAAGAGAUCUCCAAGCAUAAAGGACCCCCUGUCUUCACUCAAGAAGAGAGAUACAAAAUGGUGAAGGCGAUCAAGUGGGUGGACGAGAUUGUACCAGGAGCUCCUUAUGUCACAACUUUGGAAACGCUGGAUAAAUACAACUGUGACUUCUGUGUACAUGGGAAUGAUAUCACACUUACUGUGGAUGGCAAGGACACCUAUGAAGAAGUAAAGAAUGCUGGGAGAUACAGGGAAUGUAAGCGCACUCAGGGAGUAUCCACCACAGAUCUGGUUGGCCGCAUGCUGCUCAUGACCAAGGCUCACCACAGCAACUUUGAUGAAGAAAUGGAUUAUCGGAAGCACGCAGAUAACUUUGGGAAAUGCCCUAAAGGUCACAGCCCCUGGACCGGAGUUUCCCAGUUUCUACAGACAUCCCAGAAGAUCAUCCAGUUUGCAUCUGGCAAGGAGCCACAACCAGGAGAUACUAUAAUCUACGUGGCUGGUGCUUUUGACCUCUUUCAUGUUGGUCAUGUGGACUUCCUAGAGAAAGCGCACCAGAUAGCAAAGCGACCUUAUAUAAUUGUGGGGCUACAUUUUGACCAGGAGGUGAAUCUGUACAAAGGCAAGAACUAUCCAAUCAUGAAUGUGCAUGAACGAACCCUCAGUGUUCUAGCCUGCAGGUAUGUUUCUGAGGUGGUUAUUGGAGCCCCCUAUUCCAUCACCGCUGAUCUGCUGGAUCAUUUUAAGGUGGACCUUGUGUGCCAUGGAAUGACCGAGGUGGUACCAGACAAGAAUGGGUCAGAUCCAUAUGAGGAACCCAAGAAGCGUAAUAUCUUCCGGCUGGUGGACAGUGGCAACAAUCUCACAACAGAUCUGAUAGUGAAAAGAAUAAUUAAAAACAGGUUGGAGUUUGAAGCCCGGAACCAGAAGAAAGAAGCAAAAGAAUUGGCUGUGCUUGAGGCCAUGAAGAGAAGAGAAGAGGAAGGGGCCCUGGGGAAGGCAGGCCAGGAAGAUCAUGAGAGCUAGCAUGCGGAACGGUGUGGCAGAAUCCUUCCCUCCUGGAGCGGCAAUAUUUUCCUGGAGGAUAGGAUACUGCUGCCAGCCUUAGGAAGGCCUGCGGUCACAAUUCUCCCGUGUGUGGGGAAGAUCCCAGAUGCUGCUAUCUAGUUAGCCCAGGCCCAACUCCCACGGGAAGAUUUUAACAUUGCCCUUUCAAUAGCAGGUUUCAAUUCCAAUGAAUGUUUGCAAUAUGGUGUGAUUUCACCUGACAUAUUGGAGCUGGGGAGUCAGGGUUAUCUCUGCUCAACUUCUUAUUGAGUCUCUGCAUCUCGGGGCAUCUCCCUGAUUUCUGCCUGCCAGAGACAACUUUUUAAUCUUUAAAACCUUUCUGGUUUGGCUCAUUGCUUACAGCAUUAAUAGGAUCC